AUGCAAACAGUCCUCGUCCUCGGUGCAACCGGCAACAUCGGCGUCGCUGCCAUCAAGGCCGCUCUCCGCACGAAGCGGAAUGUCCUGGCUAUAGUCCGGAACCAGAACUCUGCCGAUAAGCUCGUUCGCCAUGUUGGCUCGAAGGAGGGCAUCACUUUCGUCGAAGCUGACGUCCUCUCCGACUCUGGCGUCCAGGGUGUGGUUGACCAGGUCCGCGCUGGCAAGUUGCCUGCUUUCCAGCAUGUAUACUCUUGUGUCGGCGGCGAGUACAUUGCAACCCCGCUGACCGAAAUCACAACCGAACAAUUCCGCCUAAACAUGAACUCCAUGUUCGAGUCCGCAUUCUACGGCUACCGCGCAACAAUCCCUUACCUCCGCUCCCAAGCCAACCCAACAACAUGGACCGUCUGCACAGGCGCCCAGGGCGACAUCGGCACGCACCCCCUGCCCGCCAUGACCCAGGGCGCGCUCUUCUCGUUUUCCACCGCCGCCGCGCGCGAGAACGCCAAUACCAAUGUCCGCUUCAAUGAGGCGUACCUGGCGCUCCGGGUGGAGUUUGAUGAGGAUUCUGCUGCGCAUGGUGUCACCAGUGCGUCGGAGUAUGCGGCUGUUUAUGAGGCUAUUCUGGAGAGGGAGGAUAUUCGGGGGUCUAGGGUUGGUGUUAGUAAGGUGGAGGAUAUGAAGAAUCUGAAGGUUGUGCCGAAGUUCUAG